UAGAUCAGAAUUGUCUAGAAAGAAUGUUUGGCGAAAUAUGUCUUAAAAGAAUUAAACCUUAUCAAAAUAUUCUUGAAGAGAAUAUGUGGGAUGAUAUUAUGCUGAAAUUAGUUUUAAUUUUACCUUCUCGUAAAAAGACAACGGCACAACUAUCAUAUUGCAAUCGAAUAUUAUCAGAAGAUAAUAAUUUUAUCGG